UUAUUUGUUCUCUAUGGAUAUAUUCUUGCAGGCAUUCAUUAAACGUCAGAACAAACGUCAGAUAAAAACAUUUGUAUAGUUAAAUUGGGACACUUUAAAAAAAUAAUAAUAUUGAUAAUUAAAAUCUAUAGUUAGUUUACAUUUAAGGCGUUAAAAAGAAAAUGGAGGGAACAUCAGAGUUGAAAAUAAACCUGUAUUAAACAAAGGAUGUAAACUAAUAUUUGGUAAUUAGUACUAAUGGUGAUAAUGGUUAGUAAAUAAAUUAAACUUUAAGCUAUAAAAUUUUUAUAUUACUUCAAUGGAAGCACAAGUUGUCUCGAGGGAGAACAGAUCAUUUUUCAAUUCACGAUUAACCUCACCCACAGGAUCUAAUGAUGUACAAGAUGCAAACAUAUCAGAUGUUGAAGGAAAAGUUAAAAAUCGUUUUCUCUCUAUGUGGAAUAACAUGAAAUAUGAAUUAAAUUCAGUAGGCAUGAAACUUAAACCAAAUUUCUCAAAAGAAUCUCCAGUCUGGCUCCUAGGAAUGUGCUAUAGGAAAUUGGAACCACCAAACCCUGAUUCUACAGAGUUAGGAACUGAUGUUGCAGCCUUCCAAAGUCAAAGUGAAAUAGUUAAUAAUGAGGAAGAAGGAUUGGAUGGUUUUAGAAAAGAUUUUCUGAGUAAAGUUUGGCUGACUUAUAGAAGAGAAUUUCCAAUAUUGAAUGGUUCUACAUACAGUAGUGACUGUGGCUGGGGUUGCAUGAUUCGCAGUGGGCAGAUGCUUAUUGCUCAAGCUCUAAUCGUGCAUUUUCUAGGAAGAGACUGGCGAUGGAAUCCAGACAGAAGGGAAGCAAAUUACCACCAAAAAAUAAUAAAAUGGUUUGGCGACAAACCUUCUAUAAACAGUCCUCUCUCAUUACAUAGUCUGGUUAAGAUUGGUGAAAGCCUUGGAAAAAAACCCGGGGAUUGGUAUGGACCAGGUCUUGUAGCUCAUCUUUUCAAGCAAGCAUUCAAAAAUGCAGCAAAAGAAAAUUCAGAUUUUGAUUAUCUGACAGUUUGUGUUGCCCAAAAUUGUACAGUUUAUAUUAGAGACGUAUUUGCGGAAUGUGUGGGAAAAUCUCCUAAAGCAUGGAAAUCCUUAAUAUUGCUAAUUCCUGUUAGACUAGGUGCUGAGAAGUUUAAUACCAUAUAUUCGCCAUGUUUAACAACUCUUUUAAGCAUAAAAGAGUGUAUAGGUAUUAUUGGUGGUAGGCCAAAGCAUUCAUUAUAUUUUGUUGGAUAUCAAGAUGACAAAUUGAUUCAUCUGGAUCCACAUUAUUGUCAAGAAGUUGUUGAUGUUUGGGCAGAAGAUUUUCCCUUGUCUACUUUUCACUGUAGAUCUCCAAGGAAAUUACCUAUAACUAAAAUAGAUCCUUCCUGUUGUAUUGGCUUCUAUUGUGCAACAAAAAAAGACUUCCUGACUCUUAUAGAGACUGUCCAACCUAUUGUAGUUCCACCAAAUGGGGCAAAUGAUUAUCCCAUGUUUACUUUCUGUGAUGGAUUUAGUUGUGAUGAAGAGUCUAUAACAAAAGAUAUCCUGCCUUCUGACUAUCAAUAUAGCAGUACAAGUGAUUUUGAAGAUAUUGAGACAGAGGCUUUUGAAUUAAUCUAGGCACCCAAUUCCUUAAUAGAAUAUAAGUUAUUUAUUUAUCUUAUUAAACCUUUAUGUGUUUAAAUGUUAAAAAUACAUAUGACUGUUUUUUUUAGCUUUUUGUUAUACAAACAAAAUUUACUUUUCUACAAAUGACAUUAUUUAUUUUGAGAGUGUAAGGUUUUACUUGAAUAUAUUAAUUGAUUUUACAUAGAUAUAUUAACUGUUCAAAAUUAA